GACGCAAGCGCACUUCCGGACACGCGUUUUUCCGCGUUAGCUGCACACAAAUAUGGCGAUGACAAUGAGCCAAAGUGAUGUUCAGGUGCAACAGAAAGAAGGAGAGGAGGAUGAUCAAUCGAUGUUUAGAUCUGACAGUGGCGAGGAUUCUCUUGAUGGCCUUAUGAAACAAAGAUGUCCUCUGACCCCUUCGCUGUCCCCACGAAAACGGACCACGAGCCAAAGCAAAACAGAGCCUCCACUUCUGAGAACGAAUAAGAGGACAAUCUACACCGCAGGACGUCCACCCUGGUACAAUGUUACUGGGACCACCUUUAAAGAAGCUUUUGUAAUAGGUCUGUGUGGAGGAAGUGCCUCUGGGAAAACCACCGUGGCCAAUAAGAUCAUAGAGGCUCUCGAUGUUCCUUGGGUUGUCCUGCUCUCUAUGGACUCUUUCUACAAGGUUUUGAGUAAAGAGGAGCAGGAGUUGGCGGCAAGAAACGAGUACAACUUUGAUCAUCCCGAUGCCUUUGAUUUUGAACUGCUGGUAACUGUGUUGAGAAAACUGAAAAAGGGCAAAAGCAUUAAAGUGCCAGUGUACGACUUUACCAGUCACAGUCGUCGCAAGGAGUGGAAAACUGUCUAUGGGGCCAACGUUGUGAUAUUUGAGGGAAUCCUGGCUUUUGCCAACAAGGAGCUUUUAAAGCUCCUAGACAUGAAGGUGUUUGUAGACACAGACUCAGACAUCCGGCUAGUCAGGCGCUUAAAGAGGGACAUCACGAAUAGAGGGCGUGACAUUGCAGGCGUCAUUAAACAGUACAACAAAUUUGUCAAGCCAGCGUUUGAGCAGUACAUCGAACCCACUGUGCAAGUUGCAGAUAUUGUGGUCCCAAGAGGUGGAGAAAACUUCGUAGCCUUGGAUCUGAUUGUUCAGCAUGUUCACAGUCAGCUGGAAAAGAGGAAACUCCGCUGGGAUAUAUCAGCCCUGGCAUCUGCCCAUCAGGGUCAACCUUUACCCAAGACCCUGAGUGUCAUGGAGAGCACCCCACAGGUCCGAGGAAUGCACACGAUUAUCAGGAAUAAAGAAACCAGUCGAGAUGAAUUUAUUUUCUAUUCAAAGAGAUUAAUGAGGCUUCUCAUAGAGCACGCCCUGUCCUUUCUGCCGCUGAAGCCAGUGUCUGUUGAAACUCCUCAAGGAACCGUAUAUGAAGGGAAGAGGCUGAGUGGGAAAAGGAUCACUGGUGUGUCCAUUCUACGGGCAGGAGAGACCAUGGAACAGGCCUUGAUGGCUGUUUGUAAGGACAUUCGGCUCGGAAAGAUCCUUAUUCAGACUAAUCAUGACACAGGAGAGCCUGAGCUCCAUUACCUCCGUUUGCCCAAGGACAUCAGUGAGGACUACGUUAUCCUGAUGGACAGCACUGUCUCUACAGGAGCGGCAGCUCUCAUGGCUGUCAGAGUCUUGCUUGAUCAUGAUGUCCAGGAGGAUAAGAUCUUCCUGCUCUCUCUGCUCAUGGCAGAGAUGGGCGUUCACUCAGUGGCCUAUGCCUUUCCCAAAGUGCGCAUCAUCACCACUGCCGUGGACAAAAAUGUCAACGAUGAGUUUUACAUCAUUCCAGGGAUUGGUAAUUUUGGGGACCGUUACUUUGGGACUGAUGCUCCUUCAGACUGGUAUGAAAGUGAUGAGGGGAUGGACUACUGAAUUUCAUCAAGACCUAUGUGAGCGACUAUAUCUGCAUGCAUUAGAGAAGGGAACAUUUAAGCACUUAGUCUCAUGAUUUUGGACCCAUUGCCCUGCCCUAUAUAAGCAUACGCCUUAGCCACCUCUUGCUGUCGAUCCUUGCAAUACUACAUGCUACAAAUUAGCCCAUGCUUAAUACAGGUCAAAGCAUCAGUGGACCCUCAAACAUUGGAGAUUUACUGCUCAUUAGCUUGCCUUAAAAUGCCCACAUGACCAUCACAAUUUGAGGAUGUUUCAUUAAUACUUGAACUGAUACGAGUGGAAUAACAAGGGCACAUCACAGUUUCUUCAUGGGUGUGUUUACAAUGGCAUACUACCAAUCUACCUUGUACUGUUUUUCAUUAGUAUGUGUACACCGUUUAUACUGUAUAAAACACAGUAUAUAUAAUUGAUUGCAAACACAGCACAAACUCCGUGUUUGUUAGCUAAUUUUAUGUCGUCUUUACUUAAUUUGCUUUGUAUAUCAUAUAUAGCAUACAUGUGCAUUUGAAUUGCUUGACCAAAUUGACAUCAUCUUAUAUUAAGUAAAAGAAACAUUUCCAUAUGCCUGCUUCAAUAUAACCUGCUUUUAAUAUCGCAGCCUUGCUAAUAGCAGCUUUGCAUAAAUGUUACUACUACUAAUAGAAGCCCAAGCACAAAAUAGGAAUUGGGGCAAACAUUUUUACUACAAUGCUGCAAUUCUGCUCAUAAACAAUACAUCUGUUGUUUAGUCUA